CGAAAGUAAACAAAUGGGUCAAACCCGACCCAACUACGGCCCAUAAUCGCAUAAGUUAGAUAGCAUUAGGGUUUUUCCAUCAUCUUCUUCAUUAGGCUCAGUAUUCUUCAACUCACUUGCUGCUGCUGCUGCAAUUUCGUCCAGCAAUGGCUUCAGAGAAGAAAUUGAGCAACCCCAUGAGGGACAUCAAGGUUCAGAAGCUUGUCCUCAAUAUCUCCGUCGGUGAGAGUGGAGAUCGGCUUACAAGAGCAGCAAAGGUCUUGGAGCAACUUAGCGGCCAAUCACCUGUUUUCUCCAAAGCAAGGUAUACUGUGCGGUCCUUUGGUAUCAGGCGUAAUGAAAAAAUAGCUUGCUACGUGACUGUCAGAGGUGAGAAAGCUAUGCAGCUGCUUGAGAGUGGACUGAAAGUUAAGGAAUAUGAGUUGUUGAGAAGGAACUUCAGUGAAACCGGCUGCUUUGGGUUUGGUAUUCAGGAGCACAUUGAUCUUGGAAUUAAGUAUGACCCUUCAACUGGUAUUUAUGGUAUGGAUUUCUAUGUUGUCUUGGAGCGUCCUGGAUACCGUGUUGCUCGUCGCCGCAGGUGCAAGUCUCGUGUCGGGAUCCAGCACAGGGUCACAAAGGAGGAUUCAAUGAAGUGGUUCCAGGUCAAAUAUGAAGGUGUUAUCCUUAACAAGUCCUCAAACAUUCAGUGAUAAGUUGAGAACCAGCUUAGCAAGUUUAUGCAUUUUGUAGACUGAUGUCUAUAUCACUCCUAGAGGGAAGUUUUGGGGAAUUUCUAUUAGUUGGUGUAUGAGGGAGGAUGUGUUAGUUCCCAUUUUGUCUAUCAGAUGAACUCAAAUCUUUUUUUUUUUGUGUUGCAAUCAUAGUAGAACCAUUAAUCUAGCAUCACAAGAGAUGUUACGAAUACCUAAUUGGUUUCAAUUGUGGUGAUGAAUGGUGUUGUUUUCAACAUUUUUUUUCAAAUUGUAUUUGGGUGUUGGAUGUUCCA